CGUUGCUUUCUCUUUUGUAAUGCGCCAUUUCUCGCUUGUGGUGGUGGUGGAAUGCGAUGGGAGAGUCUCCUAUUUCUUUUCAGUUCCCUUUUCUUUCUCUUCUCUUUUCCCAUUCAUAUCUUAACCAACCAAUUCUAAUUCACUCGCAUCGCUAUCGUCGUUUCCAUAGCCACGGCGUCGCAUCUGGCGCCAGAAAAUAGUCGGAAGUCUUGAAAUUCCACCGAACAAACGGAGAUGGGGUCGCCGAAUGAUAAUUCCAAUUGGGUAUUUGAUUAUAGUCUCAUAGAGGAUGUUACUGUCCCUGGAGGUGACCUCCCGUCUCUUGACCCCUCUGGAGGUCUCUGGUCUUCUCCUUCCUUCACUGAUAAUGCCUCAGUAAGCGUGGAGUUUGAUGGCUUGUUUGGGAAUUCUGGUCUUAAGGAAAGUGGAUCCCGGAAAAGGGUGAGGCCUGGAUCCUGCAAUACACUUGGUUCGAAAGCAUGUAGAGAGAAAAUGCGGAGGGAUAGGCUGAAUGACAGGUUUUUGGAAUUGAGUGCUCUUCUGGAUUCUGGGAGGCCUCCUAAAGUGGACAAAUCUGCCAUAUUGGCUGAUGCUUUGAAAGUGGUGAAUCAGCUACGGGAUGAAGCUCGGAAGCUGAAGGAUUCAAAUGAGAGUCUGCAGGAUAAGAUCAAUGAAUUAAAGGCUGAGAAGAGUGAACUUCGUGAUGAGAAGCAGAGGCUAAAAACAGAGAAAGAGAACAUUGAGCAGCAAGUAAAAGCCUUGAGUGCUGGAGCAGGAUUCUUUCCUCAUCCUCCAGCCAUCCCAUCUCCAUUUUCUACCCCCAGCCACGCUGUUGGUAGCAAGCUGGUACCCUUUGUUGGCUAUCCUGGAGUUCCCAUGUGGCAGCUUAUGCCUCCUGCUACCGUUGAUACCUCUCAGGAUCCUGUUUUACGCUCUCCAGCUGCUUAAGUUAGGGGACAUCAAGUUUGGUUCUCCUUUCCUUCAACAGGCAGCUGCAUUUUUGUCCUUUGUUUAUAUUAAUUCCCAUCAAUUGCCAUGUAUUGUAGUGGUUCCAUUUUUUCAAGCCAUAAAUUUUUAAAUAAUUGUAUGAAUUUGAGAUCAAGUUCAAGUGAAAACGAAUUUUAGAU